AUGUUUUUUUUUUUUGUUUUAGCAAGUACCAAUCUAGUCGGCAAAUUUACGCAAAGCGUUCGACGCAUCGUACAAGAUGUCAAAGACGAAGGCACUUCCAGUGGGCAAACUAAGGAAGAAGCCAUAGAAACGAAUGAGCGUCUGCGCGCAGUACGGAUACGUCUCGAUGAGAACUACGACACCGCGAAAAAGGCCUUGGUCACACUUAUGGCUCGAUACAACGAGUCCAAGGCAGAGCGGAACGUGUUUACCAGAUAUGCGCUAUUGAAGGCCAUGAUUAAGGAUGUCAUUCGUUUGGAAACUCAAUAUUGGUCACUGGUGGAAAUACCAAAACAAGAGAAGGCUGAAACGGUUCCGGCAUUCGUUCUUCGCGCAUGUGCUAUAAUGGAAAAAACGCAGAAGUCCGGAGAAGGUGUUAAGACUUCUUCUAAGCUGGCUGAAGAAGCUGCGGACCGGAAGGAGCGAAUAGAGCGCCUGAAUGAUAUGACAACUUCUCAAAUUGAAGCUGAGAAUACGCAGAUGACUAACGAUUUGUACCGUCUGCUGAAGAAAUAUACAGGAUUGAGGAAUCUAAUCAGGGAACUAAAGUCGGAGUACGUCAGCUCAAAGGUGUACCCGAUGUUCCCGAGAUAUACAAUGCUGAAGGACAUGAUCAAGGACAUUAUGCACGACCCCGAUUACAUGGAGGUCUGCCACGAGGUGGAUCCAUAG